AUCUGGUUAACAAAAAGAAAAAAGAUAUCGUCUUAUCUCCUUUGCUGGAUAACAGUUCUUGUUGACAGUCUACGCGCAGCCUGUUAGGAGAGGAAGAUCAUGUCUUGUGACGACUGUUGUAAGAGAUGCUGUUAUAGCACGCCAUUCUAUGCACUCUUUGCUCUCAUUAUGAUGAGUAUUGGAGCUAUUGGCUUUGUAGUGUCAGCAGUAUACGGUAUUGUCACCAUUAGCACCACUUCUGUCCUCUCACAGAAUGUGGUUAUUUUUGCUCCUGUCAUUGGUGGAAUCAUCAUAUUAACAAUCUUCCCAAUACUCUUCUCUACCAUAAUGUCCUACUGUGUAACUGGUUACAUAAGGGAUGAGCUCUUUGCUAGUAUUGUCAAGAAAUUCAUUGGGCCUGUCUGCAGUUUCUGUUCUGUAGGUCUUAAUUUGAUGUGUCUUUGUUUCUGGUUGUUGCUCACGGUUGCUCUCAGUGCGUUGUUGACUGUAUCAGUCCAGCUGAGGCUAGCUUGCAACGAAGAAUCCAUUGAAUGCCUGCCUAGUACCAACUAUACAUUUAUUAAUCAAGUAUGUGGUUCUGAUUUGGCAGAGCUCUGUGACAAGGGUAAUGAUGCUGGAGUAGCUUUUGUUGUUACACUAAUAUUUACUCUCAUCAUCAUCUUUGCAAUGGUGUUGACACUUAUGAUACAGAGUGCCAACUAUGUCAACGCUAGAGAGAAUAUGGAGUAUAGAAGAUCAUACCAACCGCGUAAUGUCCCCAAUAGCAGUGAAUAUGCAAUGAAGAAUGUUCACUGAUGAUGAUUAAUAAUAUAUAAUAUUAGCAUGAAUGUACUGACUGACUUUUAACAGCUGACUGGACUAUUGUUAUUACUCUUUUCUUUUCUAUUUCCCCCAAAAAACUGAUUUUUUUCUAAUGACUCAAUAUUAUUAUUGUUAUUGUUUAUUAUUAUUAUUACUAAUCAAACAUGCCAUGAAUUGUAUUUGCUAAUGUAAUUCUUUUGUGUUUUAAACACUUUUAAAUUUGUUCCUCAUUACGAAUGAUCCACUA